AACUUAAUUUCGCAGUAAUACGGUUUUACCCAAACGAAGCUCAGUUUUUGGGGAAAAAAAAAGGCUUCGUUUGGCGGCUGGUUUAGACGCUUAGGCCUGCCGGAAACUUAUGCCUGCUGAUUCUGAAAAGCGGUUAAACCGUUAACUGAAACGAACCUAAUACCUGUUAACUCCGUCAGUUGCUCCUCUCAAACGCAGUUCUCUUGAAACAUCUGGCGUUCAUGGAAGCCGACGCAAUGCCAAAGAAAUCUGGACCUCGACUUUGUUGCAUUUGUAACCAGCGAAGAGCUGUCCUCAAAAGGCCCAAAACCCUAGAGCAGAUAUGCAGGGAGUGUUUUUACGAGGUGUUUGAGGAGGAAAUUCACCAGGUAAUUGUGGAGAACCAGCUGUUCAAGCCCGGCGAGCGUAUUGCUAUUGGCGCCUCUGGAGGGAAAGAUUCGACAGUCCUUGCUUACGUGUUAUCAGAACUGAAUCGACGACAUAAUUAUGGCCUUGAUCUUUUUCUUUUGUCUGUUGAUGAGGGCAUUACGGGGUACAGGGAUGACUCACUUGAAACCGUCAAAAGGAAUGAACUUCAGUACGGGCUGCCUCUAAAAAUUGUGUCUUACAAGGAUUUGUAUGGAUGGACAAUGGAUGAAAUAGUAAAGAUGAUUGGCUUAAAAAAUAAUUGCACGUUUUGUGGGGUUUUUCGCCGCCAGGCCCUUGAUCGAGGUGCUGCAUUGCUGAAAGUUGACAAAGUUGCUACUGGACAUAAUGCAGAUGAUAUUGCUGAAACUGUCCUGUUGAACAUAUUACGAGGUGAUAUUGCUAGAUUGAGUAGAUGCACUUCAAUUACUACUGGUGAAGAUGGACCUAUUCCAAGAUGCAAACCUUUUAAGUAUACAUAUGAGAAGGAGAUCUUUCUCAUUUCACUUAGUUGCCAAAACCUUAACAAGAUAUCCACGUAUGCUUAUUUCAAGAAGCUAGACUACUUCUCCACUGAAUGUAUUUAUUCUCCAAAUGCAUAUCGUGGUUUUGCUCGUGAGUUCAUAAAAGAUUUGGAGAGAAUCAGGCCUAGGGCUAUACUUGACAUCAUUACAUCAGGGGAGAAUUUUAGAAUUUCCACUUCCACCAAAAUGCCAGAGCAGGGAACCUGUGAACGAUGUGGUUAUAUUUCCAGCCAGAAAUGGUGUAAAGCUUGUGUCUUGUUGGAGGGGCUGAAUCGGGGUUUGCCAAAGCUUGGCAUCGGUCGUAGUCGAGGCCUAAACAAUGACAUUAAGAAAGAUACAAAGCAAGGUGGUGGAACAAAAAGUAUUGAGAGCAAGCAAUGUGGAAGUUUGGACUUCUGAUGCAGAGUGUAGGCAUCACCUAAAGUUUUGGUUUAUUCAGGGAAUUAACUCAUAGUUGUCAGAUUGGCCACCCAUGCUCUCUUCUCUUCCUUCCUUGAGCUUCUGAGUGAAUCAUUAGGCAAAGUGCAAACAGUGCAGUUCAUUGCACCCUUUGGGGUGCUGGAAAGAGUCAUGGAACCGGAAGAGCCGGUGUUUAAUCAUAUUUUUUGACGAGGGACAGAGGAUUGAUUAUUAAUUAUUAUGUAGCAUUGAAUAUAAAAGUAGUCUAUAAAAGAUUUGGAAAGAGAAUUCUUAUGCUUUUGGAACUCAUUAAAUAAUAGGAGAAAGCAGCUCUGCCUAAAUGAAGACCACCAAGAGAGAGGCAGGCCUUGCAACUCAAUUUUCUGCCAUUGGAUGCUAUUUAUUCUUCUGUAAUUUUACAAAAUUUUACAUAAAAGGUAUCAGUUACAUU